UGGCUCAUUUACAUUUACAUACCCAAACACAAAACUAAGAGAGAGGGAGAGAAGCAAAAAUGGCAGAAGCGGCGGUGACAUUCCUGCUGGAGAACGUGCAGAAGCUGCUGGUGGACCACAUAAACCUGAUAUCGGGAGCGGAGGCGGAGCUGCGGCAGCUGCAGAACGAGCUGGAGCUGAUGAAGGCCUUCCUGAUGGAAUCGGCGAACAAGAGAGAGAAAGGGGAAGUGUUCCGACAGCACGAGAGGCAAAUCCGAGAAGUGGUGUACAAAGCCGAGGACACUCUCGACGCCUGCCUCACCCAGGCCGCCGCCGACAAAUCCAAGCCCUUCGCCUUCAAGCGCUACGACCUCGCCAAGAAGGUCAAGGCCCUCCGCGAGCAAGACGUCCAGCCCAUCUUCGACCGCGCCCGCAUCGGCUUCUCCACCCUCCCCAUCGCCGAUCCCUCCACCUCCGGCCCCCAAAAGCCCAGGACUGAUGACAAAAAGGUUCCUUUGUUGAGAGAAGACAAUGUUGUGGGUUUCGAUGGUGAGGCUGAAACUGUUAUAAAUAAACUCACAGAAGAAUCAGCGGAGCUUGAAGUUAUUUCCAUCGUUGGCAUGCCUGGCCUUGGAAAGACGACUCUGGCAUGGAAGAUUUACCGCGAUCCAAAAAUCCAGUACGAGUUCCCUACUCUUAUAUGGGUGUAUGUUUCUCAAGACUACAACAUAAAAGAGGUGUUCCUCAACAUUCUCAAGAAGUUCACUCAGCUAGACAUGUCCCACUGUGACGAAAAUGAGUUGGCCAGGAAAGUCCGAUCCUAUCUUGAGAAACCGAAAUUCUUGCUAUUCAUGGAUGACGUCUGGACUGAUGAAGCCUGGAAUCAUAUUAGACCUGCCUUGCCAAAGUCUAAUAAGUCCGGAAGAGUCCUGAUAACGAGCCGCGAUGAGAAGGUGGCUUGGCACGCCAGCAAACGAGAACCUCACAGGUUGCGUUUCCUGGAGCCCCCGGAAAGCUGGGAGCUUCUCCAGCUAGAAGUAUUUUCACGGGUCGACAAAUGUCCUAAAAAUGUGGAGAUAUAUGGAAAAGAUAUAGCCAAGCAGUGUGGAGGAGUGCCUCUGGCAAUUGUGGUAAUAGGAGGAAUUCUGGUUGAGAAAUUCUCGAGCAGUGAUAUGAAACUGGAAUGGGAAAAGGUAUCAACGAGUGUAAGUUCGCAUUUGAGCUAUGACAAGCAGAAACGCACUGAAAACAUUAUCCUAAUGAGUUACAACAAGUUGUCAUAUAACCUGAGAGACUGCUUUCUCUACCUUGGGAUGUUUCCUGAAGAUUCUGAGAUCUCUGCUUGGAAGUUGAUUCGUUUGUGGAUUGCAGAAGGAUUCAUACAACAGGAGCCGAAUAAGGGAUUGGAGGAAGUGGCAGAGGAAUAUCUAGAGGAGCUCAUAGCAAGAAAUUUAGUCAUGGUUGAUAAAACUAAGGCUAAAGGAGAUGUCAAAACAUGUCGCGUUCAUGACAUGAUCCGUGAGUUUUGCAAGGGCCAGGCUGCAUUUGCGAAACAGAAUCUGUUCCAAGAGGUGAAAAAAACAACAGAAGGAACGUUCUUUCCUUCUGUUGCUGAUGUGCCAAAUUAUCGCAGGCUUUGCAUUCAUUCCUAUGUUGUGGAUUUCCUCCGCAAGAAGCCCAAGGGUCCGUUUGUGCGUUCUUUCGUGUGCUUCUCUAAAGAACCAAUCAUUUUUCAACCAGAUUGCACUCCAUUGAUCCCUGAAGCCUUCAGUUUGCUCCGAGUUUUGGAUGCGAAUCCCAUCAAAUUUGCCAAAUUUCCCUCUAAGAUUACGCAACUGAUUCAUUUGAGGUACAUUGCGUUGUCUGGUGAUCAUUUAAACAGUCUCCCCGAGGCUAUCUUGAAGCUCUGGAAUCUACAGACUAUUAGGAUUGACACAUUGUCGCGUACAUUUGAGAUCAAAGCAGAUAUAUGGAAGAUGCUGCAGCUGAGGCAUUUGAAAACGAAAGCAGCCAUUGUUAUUAGCAAGGAAGCAAAGGGUAAAGCCGGGGAGAAUCUUCAAACACUCAGUAGGUUGUCGGCCGAGUGUUGCUGGGAAGAAGUUUUCAACAAGGCCUCAAACAUAAAGAACUUGGGGAUUCGAGGGAAACUAAGCACUCUUGUUAACACUAGGUGCUUGGCCGGGUUGGAUCGUCUUCAAAAGCUAAAGCUAGUCUAUGAUGUAUUUCCUGAUGUAAUAUCUCAGACUCCAUUGCGCGAACUUCCUUCUCGAGACAGAUUCCCACCGAAUCUAAGGAUCUUGAAGUUGUCAUGCACGUAUCUCGACUGGAAGCAUAUGGCCACUUUGGGAUCACUCCCUUCUCUUGAGGUCCUCAAACUGAAAGAAAAUGCUUUCAUGGGGAAGUUCUGGGAUACUGUUGGUAACAGCUUUCCUUCUCUUGAAGUCUUGCACAUUGCACGCACCGACUUACAGUUCUGGACUGCCUCGGUGGAACCUUCCCCUCCGUUUCCUAAACUCCAAUGUCUUGUGCUUAAGAACUGCGAGAAACUUGAAGAAAUCCCAGUUUUGCUGAAGAGGAGCCUCCAAGUUUUGGACAUUGAACGUGUCCCGAAAUCGUUCGUUCAAUUUACCAGGCUUAAAAUGGCGGAGGAGAGUCAACAGAUCCCGGGUCAACAAAGAGGGAAAGCAGGUGCACUUAAGCUCAUUAUUGCUCCCGGAGAUGGGCGUUAACCUGUUCGGUCGGACCCAAACUGCUCUUGUAAGUACCUCUUCUUGUUGUUGAGAUUUUUCGACAUUGCAAUGUGAGUAUCAUAACUUGCUUUACCUUUGAUUCCAACUGCUUUGGAUUAAUUGGAGUGAUGGAUCAUUGAACUACAUUUAUAUAUGGAAGUCAUUUUGGCA